AUGGAAAACUGCAGAAAAUCUCCAUUGAAGCCAUGGAAGAAAGGCCCAACAAGAGGCAAAGGUGGCCCUCAGAACGCCUCAUGUGAAUACCGUGGUGUUCGGCAAAGAACUUGGGGCAAAUGGGUUGCUGAAAUCAGAGAACCAAAGAAGAGAACCAGGCUCUGGUUGGGCUCUUUUGCCACGGCAGAAGAAGCUGCCAUGGCUUAUGAUGAUGCUGCCAGGAGACUCUAUGGUCCAGAUGCUUUUCUCAAUCUUCCUCACCUCCAAGCCAAUUCCAAUCCUGCACUCAAAUCUCAAAAGUUCAAAUGGUUCCCUUCCCAAAAUUUCAUUUCCAUGUUUCCUUCUUGUGGUUUGCUCAAUAUUAAUGCCCAACCAAGUGUUCAUGUCAUUCAUCAGAGGCUCCAAGAACUCAAGCAAAAUGGGGUUCUUGGUCAAACUACUCCUUCCUCUAGUUCUUCUUCCUGUGAUUCUAAACCUGAGGUUCACAUCAUAAGCGACAAAACACAGAUAGGAAAUGUUGCAGAGAAGGAGAAAGAUGUAGAAAUUUCAUCAGAAAAAAUGAUUGAAGACAACCGGGAGAAGCCGCAGAUUGAUCUCAAUGAGUUUCUUCAGCAACUGGGUGUACUGAAAAAGGAGAGACAAUCAGAGGCAAUUGGCACCACAGGAAAUUUUGGAGUUCCAGAAUCUUCAGUUACAGAACUUAAUGAUGAAUUUGGACCCUUUGCUGACAAGAAUUUCAAUUGGGAUGCAUUGAUUGAGAUGCAUGGGAUUUCAGACCAAGGAGCAGAUGCUGGUAGCUUUCAAGUUUAUGAUGUGAAUGAAGAGCUGCCCUUCCCCACUUCUAUUUGGGACUUCUAA